AUGCCCCCACGCAAAUUCGAGUUCCAUUCUAAAAGCUGCAGUGGUAGUGGUGGUAUCGGAAGUGCUCUCACGCUCACAUUCCAGAAACUGAAGUUUCAAGUAUUUGCCAGCGUUCGAGAUGUCUCCAAUAUGUCAGCGCUCGAGGGCUUGUCUAAUGUAACCUACUUGGUGCUUGAUGUGACGGAUCCUCAACAGAUUCAGGACACGGUAGAGCUUGUCCGAAACAAGUGUGGAGGAUCUCUUGAUAUUCUCAUAAACAAUGCGGGGCGUAACCAUUUCUCGCCAGUGCUCGAUAUUGGUUUAGAGGAAGCGAAGAAAAUCUACGAUAUCAAUGUUUGGAGCCCUUUGAUGCUUAUCCAAAAGUUUGCGCCUCUUUUUAUUUCAGCAAAAGGAUCGAUUAUCAACGUCACUUACAUUUCGGGGUACGUGAAUGUUCCUUAUAUGGGACUCUAUGCGGCAUCAAAACGAUCUUUAGAAAUUCUCAGCGAAACGCUACGUCUUGAACUCCAACCAUUUGGCGUUCAUGUGCCAUCUAUUGUCACUGGUGCGGUCCAAACAAAUGGUCAGACCUAUUUCGAGGACUGGAAGCUUCCCCAAGAGUCUUUGUACAAGCCUAUUGAGAGUAUUAUCCACAAACGAGCUCGCGGCGGUGAUGUUGUUCUUCGGACGAACACAAUGGAGUAUGCAGAGCAAGUCGUGAAGAGUAUUGUUGGCCGAAACAGUGAUAUAGGUCUUGGUGCGGCACAAACGCUACACGGACAAAGACAUGCGGUUUGGUUCUAUAGGAAUACGAAUGACAUCUUGGAACGUGGGAGAAUAUAUUUUGGAGAUACUAAAACUUUAUAUUCAAUCACACUCGCAGGUGGACAUCUUUGUGUGAUCACUGGAGCGAGCGAUAUACAAGAGCUUUACCGAAACAGCUCGACGAUAACAUGGAAUAAUUUGAUUAAAGAUAUGUACUCAAUUGUGGGCCUGUCUCCUAGAAGCAUCUCCCAAGUAUGGAAUAAAACUCAUGAGCAGCUGGCUACCUCAGACUCAAAAAAAUCCACCCGAUCAGCACACGAGAUGACUUCUGAAUAUCAUCGUCAGCAAUUACUCACGGCGGUCAAUGCUGAGAACCUCGUCCAACGAAUAAUUCCAGGUCUUGAGAAAAGCCUUUCCUGGAACAUAUUGAGGAAACAUCCCGCUUGUAUCCGCACAUCCGGAGAGUCUAUCACGCUUUCUCUGUGGAAUUGUGCAACGAGGUUAUCAUCAAGAGCUCAACCAACGUAUAUUACGGACCCAAAAUCUUCGAGAUAA